AUGAGGACUUUCGUUUCCUCUGGCACCUUCACCUACGACCGUUUCCGCUUCGGCGAAUAUGUUGCUCCUCGUUUUCACAGCAUUCUGAAUGUUAACCCUGUUAUGAGGACUUUCGUUUCCUCUGGCACCUUCACCUACGACCGUUUCCGCUUCGGCGGUGAAGUCUCGGGAAAGCUAGAUGCCUCUGGAAUGAAGUAUGCAUUGGGCGCUUCCUACACCGCACCGACGCCCGGGCUGAAGGGAGGCAGUUGGAUGGCAGCAGUGAAGACGGCUCCAGCAGGCAGCAUGAUGUUUGGAAAGAUAAUUGGGAGUGUGAAUGGAAGGUCUUUGGAUGGCCGCGGCGCAGAACUUGCUGCUGAAAUUGAAUACAGUAUUCCUGAGAAUAAGAGCCACAUUACUUUCGGUGGGCUUUGGUAUAUGAACGACGAGAAGGACACAGCGAUCAAGUCAAAGAUAUCGCAGAAUGGACUUCUUGCUGUUGCAGUUACACACAAACUCUGCAACUACCUGCACGCCACUGUCGGCACGCAGCUCGAUGUAUCCAAAGGCCAGAACGCAGAGAAUGUGAAAUACGGCGUCAAGAUCGAUGUCAUUGCAUAA